AUGCUUGCACACCUGUGCCGGCGGCGGCUCACCAUCCCCCCCUCUGCAAUCCUCGCCGCCGCCGCCAGCGGCAAGAACCCCAUCCACUCCAACCACGCGCGCGCCCUCCUCUCUCAAAGCUACUCCUCCUCGUCCGCCGUCGAGGCUGCGCCCGACCGCAAGCCCUGCCCCACCACGGUCUCCUACCUGGUUUCCUGCGGUGUCUCCCCCGCCGUCGCCGCAUCUCGCAAGAUCCGCAUCCGGGACACGGCCCGGGCGGACGCCGUUCGGGCCCUCCUGCGCGAGUACGGCUUCUCCGACGCGGAUAUCACCCGCACGGUGCGUAUAGAACCGCUGCUGCUCACCUUCGAUCCCGACCGUACCAUUCGCCCCAAGCUCGACUUCUUCCAAUCGCUAGGGAUCCAGCCCCGCUUGCUCCGCACCGAGCCCCACAUCCUCGCGCGCAGCCUCGACAGACACAUCGUACCCUGCGUCGAGUUCCUCCGCACCAUCCUUGGUUCCGAUGACAACAUCCGCAUCGCCGUCUCCCGCGUGCCCCGCGCGCUCAUGGCCGACCUCGACAGCGCCAUGCGCCCCGCCGUCGAGGCGUUCCUCAGCCAGGGUCUCUCCAAGGAAGCCAUCGCCAAGCUUUUCAUGAUCCACAUGGGAAUGAUCAAGACAUCGCCCGAGCGCAUCCGCGAGGCCUUCCAUGACCUCAAGGCGCUCGGCUUCCGCGUCACGGAUACGGGCUUCCUCUACGCCUUCCGCGUGAUUGGCAGCCUUAGGAGGGAGACGUGGGUGCGCAAGGUGGCGCUUUUCCAGAGCCUCGGGGUGUCCGAGGCUGACCUGCUCAGGGCGUUCAAGACGCAGCCCACCAUACUGCUCGUCGGAGAAGAGACCAUGAAGAAGAAGUUCAGGUUUUUCCUGGACGUGCUGAAGGUUGAGAUAGAUGAUGUGAUGGCGCAGCCACUGACUCUGGCGUUGAGCUUGGAGAAGAAUAUCAUGCCAAGGUGCGCCGUGCUGAGCGUGUUGAUGAGGGAGGGUAAGGUUGAGCGGACACAGAACUUGAUUACCCCACUGCUUUCCAAUUCUAAGGUCUUCUCGCAGAGGUAUGUGUUGAGGUAUGCUAAGGAUGUGCCUGAUGUUGUUAAGGCAUUUGAGGGCAAGAUUAAAUUUCAAGGGUUUGGCCGUUUGGGGUUCGUGGCACUGAAUGACUGA